AUGAGUGAGAAGAAAGAAUACCAAGACAUUUCUAACUUUCUUUACAUGAAUAUAAAAGGACUGAAUGAUGAGGAAGAAAUUAAAGUAAAAAAAUUUUCGUACGAAAAGUACGUAUGUUCGCUUGAAAUGGGGGACAAGAAAUUGGACGUAGGUAUUAAGCCAGAAAAAAGGAUAACACUAAAAGAGUGUGAAGAAAAAAAAUACUUAACUAAAGAAUUAAAUCCCGACGAUAUAGUUUUAAUGAUGGAUUAUUUAUUAUUACAACUAGUAAAAUUACUUAAUGGCAAUCAUCCUUUUUUAACAGUUUUAAGUUGUUACUAUUUACAUCACUCAAACGUUAUUAACUGUAAUGAUGAUAUUUAUUUUUUUGAAAAGGUAUUCUUUAAAUGGUUGAAUGCCUUUUGUGUCGAUAAAAUAUAUAUUGAUAUAUUUAAAAAUGAAAAUAAAGAAUUUAUAAAAUUUAUGGAAAAAGAAAGAUCAGUGAAGGAGGGAUCUCCUAAACUGCAGGACCAGGGUCAUUCUGAGCACGUAGAAGUGGAAGGAGGAUUGGAAGCAGGAGUACUAAGAGAAGUGGACGAAUAUAUUAACGAAAAAGUUGAUGAAACAGGACAACUAGACAACCAUUCAGGCAGCACAAAGAAUAAUACUCCUUUGGAUGAUGAUAUGUACAAUGUAGCAUGUGAAACGAGUUAUAUAAAAAAAAGAAUUUUUUUCUUUUUUGAGUUAUUUCUGACUUUCUAUUCGUGCUGUUCAGAAAUGAUCGACUAUGUUGUAACAAACGACAGCUUAAUACACAGAGACGACUACAAAACUGGAUUGUUGAAAAUAAACGGCACUUUAAUAUACCACUGUAGGAGGAGAAGAAAAUACGUGGUUAAAAAUCUUUUUGUUAUAAAAAGAUGUUUUUUGAAAUAUGCUAAAAAGUUUGAAGAAAUGGAUAAAAACAAAAAAAAAGCACGAGAGGUAAAGAAGUCGGAGGGGGUAAAGAAGUCGGAGGGGGUAAAGAAGUCAGAGGAGGUAAAGAAGUCGGAGGACUCAAAAAAUACGGAGAAAACCAAAAAUAUAGAUAAGUCAAAAAAUAGGAAAAACCAAAACAUGAAUAAACAUAUGAGUAAAAAUGUAAUCGCAAGUACAAAUAUAAAUAUAAAUAAAUUGAUACACUCCAUAUUUAAGAGAAUAAAAUUUAUCCUGUAUUUUACAUAUAUUUUAAAUCAAAUGGUUUUCGAAGUAUGUGACGCUGAUAUUAACUCAUUAAAAGGCAGUUGUGAGGAAUUGCUAAUAUGCAUACGUACUAUAGUGAAAGAGUUAAAUUCUAAAUAUUUGAAUAUAAAUAAGAAUAUGAAAAAAAAAUAUUUCAAUAAAUAUUUUCUUAUGCACACACUUAACAAUGUCUCUAAACAUGUUACGGAAAUGAAUGUAGAAGAGUGUUACCUUUUUUAUGAAAACAUUAUUCGUGAUAUAUUGUACGUAGCAUCAUAUUUUAAGCGCAUAAAUGUGAAAUCGCAUUUUUUCGAUAUUAAAAACAUUAUUCAUUACUUAAAGUAUUACUCCUAUAGUUGUAAUAUUUUAAUAAAAUGCAUUUCAAGAAUAUCUCUAAAACAAAUAAUGAGUACAGAAAAAAAGCUAUUUUUUCAUAUAGAAAAACAGCUCAUAUUAAAACAGGAAAGCGAAGCACAGCGGUGCUUGAAGUUGGAGAACUCGAUGAAUUAUCAACAAGGUUAUGAACUCAUUUUCAACAAAGUGCCAAAUAAAGUCUAUAAAACAGAAAAACGGGAAUAUCCAGAAAAUGUUGAAAAUGCUGAAAAUGCUGAAAAUGUUGAAAAUGCUGAAAAUGUUGAAAAUGUUGAAAAUGUUGAAAAUGCUGAAAAUGCUGAAAAUGCCGAAAAUGCCGAAAAUGUUGAAAAUGCUGAAAAUGCCGAAAAUGCCGAAAAUGUUGAAAAUGCCGAAAAUGUCGAAAAUGUUGAAAAAUUUGAAAAACGUGAAAACUGUCUAGAAGCAGGGAUUGACAGAAAUAAUGGUGCUGUUGUUGAUUCUGAUAUAACGAAGCGAGAGAAAUAUCAUUGUGAUAAGUAUGAGGAACAGGAUAUAGAUCUAUACUACAACAUGUUUUUAAAUAUUUACAAAAAGGAAGAGAUGAAUAUUCCGUAUCAUAGAUAUCUAAAUCAAGAACUAGUGAAUAAUUCUGAGGUGAAUAUAUUUAUUAGUUUUUUUGUAUAUUUAUUUUUUAAUGAAUCAUAUAUAAUAAUGGAAGAAUUAGCAAAAGAAAAUGACAAUUUUUUUGUAAGAAACAUUAUUUUUAAUGACUUAAAUUAUUUUGGUUUUUCUACCCCUGUGCUAGUCUUAUUCACAAAUUUUGUUCUUAUUCCUGAAUAUUUUUUUAUUAACAUGGAACAUAUAUUUAAAAUAGAUCAGGAGCUCAACUGUGUAAAUAAGGAUGAAUAUCAAAAUUUUUUAAAAAAAAAUUAUAACACAACUGUUUUGAAAAAUUUCGAAAGGAAGUUACGUUUAUUUUUUCCAUAUUUAAUAAAUUACAUGCAAAGGGAAAGUUCAAUCAUGGAACUGUUUAAUGAAAUAGAAAAAUUUAUUAACGAUUAUGUAUGUGAGCCCAGUAACUUGAAAAAGAGGUCCAGGCGCGGAUGCAUUAACGAGCGGGAUGAAGGAAUUUUUAGCCUUGACAGCAACAACUGCAGUAACGACACACUCAGUACCACGAACGGAAGAAGUAGUGAUAUUCACGACAGUACUGAUAUAAGAAAGGAUGCAGAUGGUAGUACGAAUGAAAAACGUGAAGAAGCAGAUGGUAGUACGAAUGAAAAACGUGAAGAAGCAGAUGGUAGUACGAAUGAAAAACGUGAAGAAGCAGAUGGUAGUACGAAUGAAAAACGUGAAGAAGCAGAUGGUAGUACGAAUGAAAAACGUGAAGAAGCAGAUGGAGUACGAAUGAAAAACGUGAAGAAGCAGAUGGAAGUACGAAUGAAAAACGUGAAGAAGCAGAUGGAAGUACGAAUGAAAAACGUGAAGAAGCAGAUGGAAGUACGAAUGAAAAACGUGAAGAAGCAGAUGGAAGUACGAAUGAAAAACGUGAAGAAGCAGAUGGAAGUACUAGCAGAGACUUCAUCCACGGUGUCGUUCAAUCAAAGCAUGUUCUACAGUGUAACGAAAAAAAGAUUGAAACUUAUAAUCCUUUGCAAGGUUUUUAAUUUAUUUUUUGAGUAUCUCGAGAUUGUUGUAAAAAAGAUAAUCAAUUUUUCUUUUUUAUUGGCGUCAAGAGAACAUUCCAAGUUAAACGUAUUUCAUACAGACAUGCGUGUAUUAUAUACGUUAAUGAAAAUUCUGACGUAUUAUUUUAAAAUAUAUAAUAUGAACAAAGAAAUAGAAAGUAUAGAAAAUUAUUAUAAUUUUCUUUUGCAUACAGUUUUAGUUGACUAUAACUGUUUAAGCUUACACAUAAAUUUGCAGUCAGAUCAAGAAUAUGCUUUUACAUAUUAUGCUAUGUCCUUAUGUUACAAAGAAUUAUCCAUUACAUUACAAAAAGGGUUAAAAUUAAAUGGUACAGAAGAAGAUAUAAGUAAAAUUGUAUAUUCCUUAUUUUAUUAUAUACUUUAUUUAUAUGCAGAUUUUCUUAUGAUAUAUUUUUCAUAUAUUUCGUAUACAAACGUGAAUUGUGAACAAACAGAGAUAAACUCCUUUGAUACAAAAUAUAAAUCGUGGAGUUUUUGUUAUCCUGACGUUUCAAAAAUUGACUUUAAUAAUUUUCAAAAAAAUAAAGCAUUACUUAAUAACCUUUUGCUUAUUAAAUAUUUAAAAAUUAGCUUUUCGAAUAAUAAAGAUGAUAUUAACAUUGGCGUUAAAAAAAAAAUAAAAAAUAUAGCUCAAGUUAAAGAAAGUUACCUUCGUUCGAAGUUAUUAGUAAAUAAAUAUUCCAAUAUCAUAAUGGUUAAAAAUGCUGUAAGAUAUAAAUUUCGUAUAUUUGACAAAGCAUACAAUGAUUUGGACAUAACCUACCAUUUUAAAGAGUGUAUAAAUCAAAUUUCGGAGCACAUUAAAGAGGCUUAUAGCUACAAAAAUGAAAAAUUUGCUUUUAUUAAUAUUUUUCUAAAUUCACUUGAAAAUAAUUUAAAUAAAUCUUAUAAAAUAUUUCCUACCUUCUGUGUGGAAAACAAUUCUGUUUUUUUAAACCCAUAUUAUAAAGUGUUGAAAAAUCACGCCUUUUUUUUAAGUGUACAAGAAAAGAAAAAAUAG